CAGGUGUUCUCAGGCUGCCGUCUGCGCCUGCGCCGGUCCACCGCGCCCUCGUAGUAAGAGAGGCCCGGAUGGAGGACGCGGAGACGCGCCGUUGCUAUGGCACCUGGGUCCUGGCCGCCGUGGGAGCAGCAUUAUUCUAUAACAAACAGAAAAUGGAUGAAAAUAAAGAUGUGGACUCAAAAGAAAGUGGAGAAUAUGAAGAUGACUUUGAAAAGGACCUGGAAUGGUUAAUUAAUGAAAAAGAAAAAGGUGGUGCCAGCAUAAUAGAGAUGGCUUGUGGGAAUGAAGAGAAUAUUAACCGAGAAUUAAAAGACCAUGAAACAGAAACAGAACACACUGAACAGAGUUCUGAUCCUGACAAAUCUUUGAAGGAUGAAGUUUCACCAAGAAGAAAUGACUUCAUUUCUGUACCGAGUAUUCAACCUUUGGAUCCCAUAUCAGAUUCAGAUAGUGAAAACUCUUUCCAGGAAUCCAAAGUAGAAAGCCAGAGAGCGCUGGAGGAGGAAGAGGAUGAGGAAGUAAGGAGAUAUAUUAUGGAAAAAAUUAUACAAGCCAACAAGAUUCUACAGAAUCAAGAACCUGUGAAUGAUAAAAGGGAACGGAAGCUUAAGUUCAAAGACAAAUUAGUUGAUCUGGAAGUUCCUCCACUGGAAGACAUUGAUACUGACAAAAAUUAUGUUGAAAAUGAAAGUAGUAUGUCUGGAAAACUCUCACAGUUAUGUAUUUCCAAGGAAUUUGGACAAGAAAAUGUGCUCGUGUCACUAACUGAUGGAAACUGUGAAGAGAACAAGGAUAGGAAAAUUCUAGUCGAGAGAGAUGGAAAGUUUGAACUUCUGAAUUUACAAGACAUUGAGAGUCAGGGGGUUUUGCCCCCCAUUAAUACUAAUAGUACAGAAAACGAGCCUCACCAGUUGUCAUCCAGAUCUUCCAACUCAAAUGUCAAUGGUGUCAAGAAAGAAGAGCCGAUAGCAAAGAUUCAUGCUGUUGCUCAUUCAUCAACAGAAGAGCCACUGGCUUAUAUCCCUCAGCCACCAGCCAACCCCAAGACUCGUCCAAGUUCUGCUGCCAACUCAGAUCGAAGUAAGGGGAAUGGGAAACCUAAUCACAGGACACAGUCUGCAAAUACACCUCCAGUGACCUCAACAUAUUGUCUUUCCUCUCGACAGAAAGAACUGCAAAAACGGCUAGAACAAAAGAGAGAAAAGCUAAAGAGAGAGGAAGAACAACGAAAAAUAGAAGAAGAAAAAGAAAAGAAAAAAGAGAAUGACAUGGUAUUUAAAGCAUGGUUGCAAAAGAAAAGAGAGCAGGUCAUAGAAAUGAGGAGAAUUCAGCGAGCAAAGCAAAUCGAAGACAUGAAUAGCAGAGAAAACAGAGAUCCACAACAAGCUUUUCGAUUAUGGCUUAAAAAAAAGCACGAAGAGCAGCUGAGAGAAAGAAAGACAGAAGAACUACGAAAGCAGGAGGAAUGUUUAUUCUUCCUUAAAGGGACCGAAGGCCGCGAAAGGGCCUUUAAACAAUGGCUACGAAGGAAACGGAUCGAAAAACUAGCAGAGCAACAAGCUGUCAGAGAAAGAACUAGACAGCUCCGACUAGAAGCAAAGCAUUCUAAACAAUUGCAGAGCCACCUACAUAUGUCAGAAGCCAAAGCUUUUCGUUUUACUGAUCAUUACAAUUGAAAGUAUCUUAAAUACUUCAUUUGGAAGCUGCUACCCUCAGAAUUUUGUAUAUCAUUUCUAAUGGCCUGUGCUUUGGUCAUACUUGAAAUUAUGGAAAUGCUAUUUAUCUUUUGGUGAUACUGACAGUGAAUUUAUCUUUUUUUAACACUAAACAAAAUAAAUUUCUUCCCUCGCAUUGCUGUAUUGUGUUAUACCAUAGACCGUGCAACAAAUUGAACAACAAAUGAACGGUAGAUUCCUUUACUUGUAAUUUAUUGGCAUUUCUAGCUGGAAAGAACAUAAGAAAGGGACAAAUUUCUAUUCUUGGUCUCUCUUAUUAUUAAAAAAAGAUGGCAAUAGAACAUUUCAUAAGGCUGUAGUGACCUCUUAAACAAGCCUGGUUCAAGGCCUUAAACAAAAUCCUGCCUAUGACAACUUUGAGUUUGAAUAGCUGUGGCAAAAGCUGAGGAAUAGGGUGGGCUUACUUCCUCAUGUUCUUUACAAAAUGAAGAUAGUAAUUAUGCAUCCAAUUUUGGUAUGUUACAAAAUUAGCUGGCUCUUGUUUAGAGUUUAUGGUGUACGUGGUAUUGUUGGAGAUGCUUUAUGUAAAUCAUUGGCUUUAAUCCUUGUAACAACCCUACUGGUCUUGUUUUGCAGAUGAGGAAACUAAAGUAUAGAGGGGAGCGGUUUGCUCACAGGCUGUGAUCUGCAUGAUUGCAAAAUCUUUUCUCUGAGGCAUGUUAUAAAGUUUACAUACCUUGGUAGAUAUGGUGAAAUAUUUAAGACUAAGACUAUACAGGAAUCUGACACGUGGAGGAACAGUACUCAAUAUGCGUAAGAGCAUUUAAAGGGUGGAGGACAAAGGCACCCAUACAAGUGUGAUUGGAGACUGGAGAAUCAGUGUAGGAGUUCUGUUAAAGCUUCAAAAGACACGGCUCUUGUCAACUGGGUAUUCGUACUUUAAUCACUCGACCCUAAAUGAGAAAACACAGAAUCAUUGAAUCCUGUCUCAACUUCUUAUGGCACUUUCAGCAUACACCAGAUAAUUUAAAAUUCCGUUAUAACUAGUUUGGGUUGCUUACAGUUAUCGUUAAUGAGACAAAGCAACUUAACAUUUGAAUAUUCCACAACAGUUUUACAAAAAAGGCUGUUGGAAUUUUGAUAGAGAUCACAGUGAACCUAUAGAUUGUUUUGGGUAGUACUGUCAUUUUAAUAAAAUUACCUUCCAACCCA